UGACAGCGGAUUUCGAAACAGUGAAUGGCCUUCUAGUGCGGGAUUUUGGGAUGUUAUGAUGAACGUUGGUGCAGAUUUCCCUUCCGCUGAGUCUGUGGAUUUCUCUUAUAUUGAAUACGAGAGUAAUUAUAUUAGUAAUUCAGACAAAUCACCAAUGAUACCUUUUGUGAAUUAUCAGCGUUUGUUUAUUGGUCUAUUACCUUCGUCGUAUUUAAGAUCUAGCUAUCAUCGAAUGCUAAGAAGAGUUAUCUAUUCGUGUAUUGGUAUCACACUUUUAUUAUUUUUAUGGUUAGCAUUUUACAUAUCUGAUUCAACAUGGUUUAGUAGGCUACUUCAAUGUAAUCAUGAUAAUAAAUUUACAGGUGGUGUAUCUAUAUCUCCAUAUCCUUGGGGUAAAACACGUUUUACAUAUACAAGUGAUAACGCAGGAGUAGCAACGACAAAAACAAACUAUGUAUAUGGUGUUGUGUUCGACGCUGGAAGCACUGGAAGCCGUGUUCACAUAUUCAAAUUAGUUCAUAAUCCCUUAGAUCCUUUCAAACCGUUUACACUAUUGGAUGAUAAAUAUCAUCAUGUUCAACCUGGUUUAUCUUCAUAUGCGGAAAAACCAGAAGAGGCAGCAUUAAGUUUAACAAAAUUAAUUAAUAUUGCUGAAACUAGUCUUCCUGUUGAUGUCUGUCGUAAUACUCCAGUUAUUUUAAGAGCUACUGCUGGUCUUCGACUAAUUUCUGCGCAUAAAGCAGAGAAUAUUUUAAAAGCUGUACGACAUAGAUUAUCUCAAACUUGUUUUAAACAAAUACCUAACGCUGUAACUAUUAUGGAUGGAUUUUAUGAAGGUCUAUAUUUAUGGUUAACAUUAAACUUUCUCAAUAAUCGUUUAUCAAAUGGAAAAGCACAAAAGAAUAAUGCAGUGAUUGAAAAUUCACUUACACAAACAAUUGGUACAUUAGAUCUAGGUGGAGGUUCUACACAAAUUACAUUUAUUCCCACUGAGUUAAAUACCCUCAACAAUGCACCUGAUAAUUUUAUUACAUAUUUUGACGUACAAAAUAGUAAUGAUAAACCGAAACAAAAGAUCUAUUCACAUAGUUACUUAGGCCUAGGACUAAUGUCUGCACGUUAUUCAAUGUUACAUAAUGCAACUGAACAUUUCAAGUUAAUUACUGAAGGAAAGAAAGAGUUUUUUCACCCUUGUUGGCCUAAUAAUGUAACUCUUAAAUGGAAUCAUGCUGGUAAAGAUUGGCAAAUCAGUCGUAUGAAUUAUUCAAUGUCUAAAUCUUUAUUAUCAUUUAUUAAAACAAAAUCAAUUUAUCAUCACCAAGCAGCAAUUGAACCGGUCAAUGUUAAUGCUAAUAAUAAUGAUAAUGAUCACUUAAUGUUGUGCUAUGCUUUAGCAGUAAAUGUAUUACAAAAUCCUGUUGAAGGUGAUAUAAAUGUUAUCAGAUAUCCACCAAAUAAUAAUAUUGUUCAUCAACCAAUUGAAGUGAAAACACGUGAAUUUUAUGCAUUUUCAUAUUAUUUCGAUUUAGCUGUUAGUGUUGGUUUAAUACAUGAAAGUACUGGUGGAUUUCUUACAGUGAAUGAUUUUCAAAAUGCUGCUGAACGAGUUUGUCGUAAUCCAAAUCCUCAGAAACCAUUCGAUUGCAUGGAUCUUAGUUUUAUCACUGCAUUAUUGCAUAGUGGUUAUGGGUUCCCGUCAGAUAAAAAAAUUGGAUUUUUUAAAAAAGUUAAUUCUUUUGAAAUUAAUUGGAGUCUUGGUGCCUUAUUUUCAGAAAUGUAUCAUAAAUAAACAGCAUGCCAACAAAAGGAUAUAAAUAAAUUCAUUAUACUAUUGUUCUUUAAUUUGUAUGAUGAUCUAUACGUCAGUUAUUAUCAAUUAGAUUUCUCUUUCUUUUUUAAACGUUUUAUGAACUCCAUAUUCAUUUUUUUAAAAAUUCCAUUUUUAUCAACUUUCUUAAAACCUCCUCCCCCCUCCCCCUACUACUACUAUUAAUAACAAUAGGGUCUAUAUUAUUCUUUUUUUAAAACUGGUUUGUUGUUAUAUGACAACUAUUGAAUGCAAUGAUUGCAUAUAUGUUAGAUUUUAACCCUGUUUUUCUUUUUUUUUUGUUUUUGUUUAUUCAUUUACUUUAUACUUACGUAACAUUUAAUGAAUCUAAUAAGUCAUAACUAUCUGUUAUAUAAUUGGUUUGUUUGUUUGUUUGUUUGUUUAUUUUCGUUCUUGAAAGUUGCUCAGAUCAAAUGUGAAUGCUGUUUAAUUUUCAGCUUUUAAAUUGUUCUUUUUUUUUUUUCUCCUUCGUUUUUUUUUCUUUUUAGUGUAGAUAAAGUCUUUUCUUUAUCAUUUUAAAGUGAGAUUAUUUCGUUGAUAUUCUUAACAUAGUCAAUUUUUCAAACCUAAUUCUAUCUGAUUCUUUCAGUGUAAUCUUAAAACAUCAUCUUAAUACUUUUCAUUUGUCAAGCUUUUUGAGUUAUUUUCAAUAGUUGAAAUCAUGAGUCAAUUGAAGCUAGACCACCAUGAAAAAUCUGGAAGCACUGGACGACCGUUUCGUCGUAGUAUGGGACUCCUCAACAGUGCGCAUCCACGACUCCGGCCCCCGCGGUAUUUGAACUCAGGACCUAUCAGUCUCGCGCCAGGCGCUUAACCAACUAGACCAUUGAGCCGGCAUCCAACGGUGUUUAUGUCUAACUUCAACUAAUCCACG